AUGGCACAAAGAAUCCUCCUCAUCAACGGCCCCAACCUCAACCUGCUGGGCACGCGUGAGCCACACAUCUACGGCUCCACGACCCUCGCCGACGUCCUCGCCCAGGCACAGGCCCAGGCGCAGCAACUCUCGGUCUGCGUCGACGCCUUCCAGUCCAACCACGAGGGCGCCAUCGUGGACCGCAUCCAAGCCGCUGCGGGCUUUGGCCCCUUGGUCGGCGGCCAGCAGGCGACCGACGCCGAGGCGUUGCGCGCCGACGCCGUCAUCAUCAACCCUGGCGCGUUGACGCAUACGAGCGUCGCUAUCCGGGAUGCGCUGCUGGGCACGGGCCUGCCGUUUGUGGAACUGCAUGUGUCGAAUGUGCAUGCGCGGGAGCCGUGGCGCAAGCAUAGCUACUUGAGUGACAAGGCGGAGGCGGUGAUCUGCGGGAUGGGGGUCUUUGGGUAUACGGCGGCGAUUGAGUUUGCGGCGCGGCAUAUCAAGAUCAAGGGCGGGUCGUCCAGGCUGUAA